AUGACUCUUUCAGCAAGAAAGUCAUCAUAUGACACUGGUUCACAAUUGCUUAGGGAUGUCUGGGCUCUAACCGCAAUCGGCAUUCUGGUCCUUGUUUUGAGGAUCAUUGCGAAAUUAAGGAUUGGGAAGUUUGGACCAGAUGAUAUGCUUAUGACUUUUGCCUUGUGCUUAGCAACGAUCGGAUCGAUUAUGAUCACGCUUGCUAUCAAGCAAGGUUUCGGCCAGGAGGUGUCCGAAAUUGACACAUCGAAGGUAUCCAAGAUUAUUCUGCACGACUAUCUCGCGCAAACGUUCGGACUAGCGGGUGGAGCCCUUGGUCGCAUAUCCUUUAUUGUGUUCAUCAUCGGGCUUCUGGUGCAAAGAUUAUCCCAGCGAGUUAUAUUAUGGGUACUGGUGGUCCUUCAAGUGAUUAUCAACGGAAUGUUUAUAAUUAUAAUUUUUGUCCAGUGCCCUGGUCACGAAUCUGCGAUCUGGGACCAUUACGGAAAGGAAAUGUGCUGGAACUUGCAUGUUCAAGCUUACUAUGGUUACUUCCAAGGAGCCUUCAAUUCAGCAACUGAUCUUUUCCUUGCAGUUUUUUCAACGUGCAUAUUCUGGAACUUGAACUUAAAAUUGCGAGUUAAGCUCGGCCUAGUCACGUUGCUAGGGCUGGGAAUUUUUGCAAUGAUUGCGGCGAUCAUCAAGACGGUACAAACUCGGGUCCUUGCGACAUCAGACAGUGAUCCAACGAUUGCCACCAUAAAUUAUGACCGUUGGCUCUACAUUGAGACCUAUUUGGUAAUCAUCACAGCCUCUAUCCCAUGUAUCAAGUCUUUGGUUCGAUCUAGAAAUGGCAGAAAGAUCACAAGCAGAGAUACACACGAACUCAGUUCACGUUGCGCAAAUAGCACGGCGCAUACUUUAAGGACCAGAAGACGUGAUUCCUCAAGUGAUGGAAAAAGAAUUAUGGACGUGUCGGAAGGCGAUAUCAGUCAUGAUGAUGUGUCCAGGAGGGAGGGUAGUACUGAGAGUCCUGAUUCAGGGCAGUCUCGAGAGUCUUUCAUUGUC